AUGAUAGGUGACGAAGAGACCGAGGGACACGACGAACAAUGUCAGGGCAAUGGCACCCCCCACGGAGAAACCUCCUUGCGAGUCGGAGGUGGCGCUGGGUGUGUUCGCUGCGAUCUAGAGCAAGGAAAUGGGGGGAAACCGGAGAAAGCCGAGCGUCACGCCCGCCAGCGGACGGUGUUCUUUUCGAGAGAAGUUGCGCGAGCACUUCUAGAUUUUUCAUACUAUGCUCAGCUUCGAGUUCACUCAACUGAAUCCCUCAAUGGCCUGGAAAGCACUCUGGCGAUAUUUCACGCCAACAAGGACGUCUUGCAGCAACUCGAUAUUCGCGACCAUUUUAAUAUUCCCAAAUUACAUCAGCUCUCUCACUACGUUCAGUCUAUCCUAUUGUUUGGCGCUACAGACGGCUUUAACAGUGAACUUCCAGAACGUUUGCACAUCGACUUCGCCAAAGAAGCGUAUCGCGCCAGUAACAAGCGCGAUUAUGAAGAACAGAUGGCCUUAUGGCUCCAGCGCCAGGAGGCAGUCUUCCUGCGUGGUUCCUACCUCAACUGGCUGUUGGAACAGUCUCAGUCGGCACCAACCAAUUUCACUCGUGACCACGGAUAUGACUCGGACUUGGACUCAAAAAUGGAAGGGCCAAACACUGUCCCUGUCAAUACACUUCCCAUCCUCCCUAAGCAACAAACAGUCCACUCUCUCGCUAAAACGCCUGCAUACCCUCAGCGUUCGGUUCAGCACCUCGUCACUGCACAUGGUGCAUCCAUGUUCCUCCCAGCCCUUAAGUUGUUUCUGCGCAACCACAUGCCGCACGCUAUCAUUGCCCCUGGUCUGCAAGACCGUUUCGAUGUUUUUCGACAGGUAGUAAUCACUGCUCCGCCUAAUCCACUCAUCAGUGAAUCACCAAGGCAGUGGCGUGUUAGAGCCACGCCUGAAGUGCUUCCUGGACGUGGACGCAAGCCUGGAUCUCCCGCUAAGUUUGAUAUGGCCCUGACAAGCAAUGGCAUUCAGCCGCGCACUUUAGAAGGUAUGCGAGUGGGACAGGUUCGCGUUAUUUUCACUCUGCCGCGUCAAUUUGGGACCUACUCGCGAGCCUUAGCUUACAUUGAGUGGUUCACACCACUCAGGGAGCCAGACCGCUCAUCUGGCCUGCACCAAUUGUCGCGUUCAACUCGUCGGCUGCACCGGAAUGCAGCGGUGAUACACAUCGAUGAAAUCGCUCGUCCUUGCCAUCUUAUUCCGAGGAUGGGACAAGCUGUUGACCGUGGAUGGACUAGCGCAAAUGUCUAUGAGUCCGCAAGUGAUUUUUACUUAAAUAGCUUUAUUGACCUUGAUACAUUCUGCAUGUCCGCUAUUGAUUAG